AUGUCGUCGACCGACAGGUGGGUGGCCGUGCAGUUGCAGGCCUCAGACGUUCGCCAAGGGUCCUUUUCGUGCAAGUACGUGCACAAUAUUUCGUGCAAGUACGUGCACAAGAGUUACGGCAUGACAUUGAUAGCGGCCACUUCAUCGCCUUCCCCGCCGCCAACGAUGGCACGUGACAGCGGUGACAUCGCCGACACAACGCCGGCUCCAGCACCGCACGCCAUCGGGUCUGUCUCAAACAUGCCACCUGCCACUCGGCCCCACACCAACCCUCCACCCGAUCCGUUCACGCCGUCCGCUGAGCAGGCCUCCGAGUCCGCGCGCAAGCUGUGCACCUUAUCGACUCCACUGCCUCCGACCGUGUCGACUGUCGCCAACGCGAACACAAGCCACGGUUUUCUGCGAUCCCCGAGAUCGAAUGAGCCAUAUCUCCCGCGGUCAGAGCAGUCCUCGGUGCUGUUGGCGCAGGGGAUGGAAUCACUGUCUUCCGCCCAUCGCCGCCGAAGCCGGUUCGCUUUCGCCAUCAUCAUGGUCACCAUCGUUAUUUUCGUUGCCGUCCUCGUCUACUACAGUACCUUGGCAAUCGUAGGCUCACACAGGACGUUCAAAACUUCAAAGCGGCCAAACUUGUGCAAGACUGCCGACUGUAUCGUGCAUUCUCGCUUCUUGACUGAACGCGUCGCCAGAAACGUCGACCCAUGUGAAGAUUUCGAAGAUCACGUCUGCUCGGUAUGGCGCGAGCUAGAGCAUGUCCGCGACGAGCAGGCCGGUUCCGCUGUAGGCGAUGUCCGCACAGUGUGGUACGAGAACCUCGAAAGUUUGCUCCGCAAGGCGACAAUGCUCAUUAAGGCUUCACGAAAACCCCUUGCUAUGUUUCACUCAUGCAUGCAGAAGCUUACAGCAAGCCCUUCAGAUGUCGCGCUGUUCCGGAGUUUCAUGGGCAAACUCCGUCUGUCCUGGCCAGAAGAACCACCGGAUGGUGUCAAACCUUUAGGUGUUCUUCUGGACCUCACCUUCAACUGGGGCCUCUGCUUCUGGCUGCGUAUAAGGAUGUCAAAAAAGCCUGGUUCAGCAUUGGGAAGCAGGAUCAGGAUCAUGCUCUCGCCCGGACAAAGUGCCGCUGUCUACACAUUUGCGAUGCGAUAUUACCGGUUGGUCAUCGAAGGAACGUACGCUCGCUACUGGAGGCGACUCAAGGACUUAUUGAACAGCGAAGAAUCAUCAAACGAUAGCGGUAGGAUCAAUCGCAGCCAAACGGCGGAAGGAAAAGUCAUCAACUUGCUAGUCUCCAUGGUUAACAAGCAUCCCGUCGAUCCAGUUUCAGUCGCACUCUCAAAUAUAUCAUUCUUCACGCAUCCUGUGCCAUCCAAUGAGUGGUUGGGGCAACUGAACAGCGUGUUGCGCUACAAGAGACCGUUGAAUGGUGACGACGAAGUCCUUGCGAGUGACAGAAUCCUCUUGAACGCAAUCGGCAAGCUCUUUGCGAUGUUAAGCCAUGGCGAGUUACUCAGCCAUCUAUCUUGGCAAUUUGUCCAAGCCUACGCUCCGAUUCUGGACCUGAGGCUCGGAGACUUCAUCACUGACCGAGAUUUUCGCAUAUUCUGCGCCGCGCAGGUGUCCUCAUCAUACAACCCGCUUAUCAUGGCCAUCUACACGCGACUUUACCCGCCGCAAAAGAACCACCGGUACCUGACCAGCAACUUGAUCAUGGUUCUGAAGCACACCGUCCAAAAAAUUGUCCGUUCCACCCAUCUAGACAACAUAACAAAGACUACAGCCACCUCGAAGCUCAUGGCGAUGAAUGUCCGCCUGUGGCCUGUGGGCGAGCUGCUACGAAAUCCUGAUAGGAUAUACUCCGGAUUCCCUGAAAAUGGUGAUUCGUUUGUUCGUCUCUGGAUUCACACGCGUUUGUCGCUGCGGAGCAUGGUCGGCACUCCCUACGGUGACGUCGCAUUUUCCUUCAGCGUCGUUGACUCGCCUCUGCUAAUGCAAUACGACUACCUCAUGAACCAGCUAGACAUUUCGGCGGUGGUGCUCACACGUCCACUGUAUUACAGUGAUGGCACCAAUGCCAUGUUCUACGGGGGCCUCGGAUUUCUGGUAGCGGAAGAAGUGCUCAAAACGCAGGACGCGGUGGGUGCCCGCUUCCAUCCCAACGGCAGCGUUGUCCCUUUCUGGAUCUAUAAAAACGCCCGCAAGCUGCUUGACAACCACGAGACCUGCCUGGGAGCCAGAAACAAGCUUGGAACGUUUUUGCCGGCAUUGGAAGUUGCAUACUCUGCGUUUCGAGAAGCAACUCAGCAUGAAAAGCAGCCAAUGCAGCUGAGUGAUGAGUUGACCGAGCCGAAGGUAUUCUUCAAGACAGUCUGCUUGACGACGUGCGCAAUGAGAGGCUUCGGACUUGGUGUCCCUUUGGUGGACUGCAAUCAGCUGGUUAAGAAUUCGCCCGAGUUUGUUGCUACCUUUGGCUGCAAGAAAGUGUCACGCAUGAACAGUCCGAACAAGUGUCCAUACUUUCAGUGA